AUGAGCAUCAGCCAAGGCCCUUUUCAGAUUUUUUCUGGGUCCCUCAGGGGUAGUUCAGGGUGUGGUUUGGCCCAGCAAGGAACUUCUUGCAGACCUUCAAGUGCAGAUGGUGGUGCCAGCAGCACACAUACCUCUCUCCCCUCUGCCAGACCCCUCUGGCUGGCUGCUGGAGGAGGGGCACCUUGGGGAGGCUUCGGUGAGCACCAUGGGGAAAGCAUCUUCCUGGGUGGGAAUGAGAAACAGACUAUGCAAAAUCUGAAUGACCGUUUGGCUGCUUAUCUGGACAAGGUCCGUUCCUUGGAGGCAGCCAAUGCUCAGCUGGAAAGCUGCAUCCGAGAGUGGCACAAGACAAAGUCUCAUGGAAAGAGGCAUGACUUCAACCAGUACGAGCAAAACGUCACUGACAUGCAAAGACAGAUUGAGGAUGGCAAGAUCACCAAUGCCAGUAUCCUUUUACAAAUUGAUAACGCUAACAUGGCAUCAGAAGACUUCAGGCUCAAGUAUGAAGCAGAGAAGUCUCGCAGGCAGGGAGUGCAGCUUGAUGUUGAGAACCUGCGUAAGGAACUCGACGGCCUGACCAUUAUCACAACAGAUCUGGAAAUGGAAAUUGAAGGCUUGAGAGAAGAGCACAUCCUCAGGAGGAAAGACCAUGAGGAGGAUAUGGAAGCAAAUCGCUCAUCACAAGACUUCAAAGUUAAUGUAAAAGUAAACGCAGCACCUCCCGAGGACCUGGCCAAGAUUCUAGCAGGAAUAAGAGAGGAUUAUGAAGCCAUAAUUGAAAAGAAUCGUCAAAGCCUUGACAGUUGGUACAAAGAACAGAGCACAGCCACAUCUCUUGCAGCAGCCCCCAACCCAGAACAGAUCCAGCGCAACGAGAACGAGAUCAAGGAUCUCAGACGCACUUUACAGUCCCUGGACAUCGAGCUGCAGGCACAGAUGAGUAAGAAACACAUGCUGGAAGACACCCUGGCUGACGCUCGGAAUUACUACGCUGUUGCACUUCAAAAUAUGCAGCAGAUCAUCUCCAAAUGUGAGGAAGAGCUAAGCCAGGUUCGUCAUGACAUUAAGCAGCAAAACAACCAAUACAAGGUUCUUCUUGGGAUCAAAACUCGCCUGGAGAAGGAAAUUUCCACUUACCGCCUGCUGCUGGAGGGGAAUGUUGACAGGGUAGCACAAAAAUCUGAAUCAACAGCCAAAGGUAAAAGUCCCUUUUUUUGUCCUCUAUAG